ACGAAGUCCGCUUCUCUGCUCAUUUGUGUUAUUUCACCCCUUUCAUUUGUAUGCAUGAAAUCAAAUCCUUUUUCUUUCAUCUUUCACUACCCCCAAAUCCAGCUUUCUCUUUGGUUAAUUUGUCAUUUCCUUCAGUCUUCUUUAGAUUCAUACUUCCAUAAUCUCUCAAACUAAUCUGCACUGCACUAUCCAUUGAUUAUUUAGCUUUUGUUCCUUGUCAAUCCACUUGUAUUCUCUGUAGCUUUGUUUUAUCAUCUAAAUAUUUCUCAAAACCUUUUUUAAAAAAGAGAGAGAGAUCUGUCAAAAAAGAGAGAGAGGGAGAGAGAAUUAGAAAGAACAGAGUAGCAUUCUUUGUUCAUUUGUCCAGUUGUUGAUCAAUAUUUCACCACAAAUCACAACAUGUUUGUGCACAAGGACCAGUCCAAUGUCAUCAAGAUGCUGAGGAAACAAAUUGCUGACUUGGAGGACGAGAAAGAGAGUGUGAAGCGCUAUACUGAAGAUUUUUACGGUGGCAGAACCGAGGCGCUCCAGAAUUGGUUGGAGAAAACAUCAAAUCUCAUUCACACAGCACACUAUUUGGCAGAAGAUGUUGGGAACCGUGGGAAGUCUCCUUUCCAACUUAGAAAGAAGGCCGAGCAGAUAUGCAAGGAUAUUGCUGGACAUGUUCAAAAAGCUCGUGGAUUCUCCAACAUCCCACUAUCCUAUCGACAACAGAAAGUGCUUGCUGAUCGUUUUGAGGACUUUGGAUCUAGAAGUGAUGUUUUGAAGGGCAUCAUGGAGGCACUACGAAGUCCUUUCAUCAACAAGAUAGGAGUGUGCGGGAAGCCUGGUGUGGGGAAGACAAUGAUGGUUAGAGAAGUUAAAAGAAGAGCUGAGCAAGAGGGGUUGUUUGAUGCAGUUCUAAUGGCAACUGUAGGUAGGAAUCCAGACUUAGCCAGAAUUGAAGAUGAAAUUGCACGUGUUUCUAAUGAACAAACAGGGCUGAUAGAAAAGGUCCUCGUGAUUUUGGACGACUUAUGGGAGCCAGGAUUAUCUUUGGAGUUGCUUGGAAUAAAUGGGAAGGAAGAAGACAAUGUUAUAUCUUACAAACUUUUGCUGACCUCUAGAGAUAGAGAUGUUGUAUCUCUUCUAUCUGAAACACAAUUUAAAAUUGACAUAUUAACCCAGGUAGAAGCAUGGAAUCUGUUUAAGAAGAUAGCUGGUGAUCCAGAUAAAAGUCGUGGUUUGCCGUUUUAUGCAAACGAGAUUACCAAGAAGUGUGAGGAAUUGCCCAUUGCUGUUGCAACACUCGCAAAUGCCUUGAGAAGAAGGAAAUUUAUUGAGUGGAAGACAACUUUACGAAAGCUACAAACCCUGCCGAAUUCAAGUCAGAUACCACAAAGCCUGUGUUCAGCCAUCGAGUUGCAUUACAGUGGUUUGAAAAGCAACGAACUCCAACAAAUUUUCUUGCUUUGCAGUCUACUGGGUCAGAAUGCAACCAUUCAAAACUUGUUGAAAUAUGGCAUAGGCUUGGGCUUAUUCCCAGGAGUCAAAUCUGUAGAGGAAGCACGAGCUCAAGUGCUAAAUUUGGUGACUAAACUCAAAGAUUCUUCUUUGUUGCUGGAUAGUGGUAGUAGUUUGAACUUCGAUAUGCACGAUCUUGUUCGAGAUUUUGCCACAUCGACUGUCUCUAAGGAGUAUGGCGUGUUGGCUUUAACAGAAGACGCACCAAUCAACUGGUUGUGUUUUCAAACUUAGAGGAAUUGCAAUUGUUCUCAAUUAUGGUUGAUAAUACCAUAUGGUACAAUUCAAUGACAUUUUGUAUCGAGAAACUGACAAAGUUGAUCAUUCAUGGCUGUGACAAUUUGGAAUACCUAUUCCCAUCUUCUAUAGCAAUAGGAUUGUUGAAGCUUAGACACUUGCAAGUAAAGAAAUGCCAAAGGAUGAGACAGAUUAUUGUGGCUAAUGGUGAUGAAGAAAAUGAAAUUUUGAUUUUUCCUCAAUUGACUUUUCUGGUGAUAGAGGACCUUCAAAACCUUGUUAGCUUCUGCGCAAGAAAUUAUACUAUAGAAUUCUCAUCCUUAAAACAAAUACGAAUAUUGAACUGCAUAAAUUUUGGGAGAUUCAUUAAAUUUUUUGCAAGUACAAAUGUCACAUACGACACACCAUCACCCUUGGAGGAAAAGGUAAUUAUUUCUUCAAUUCAGUUGCAUUUUACCUUUAAUUUUAGGAGCUAUAAUUGUUCUAAUCCUUUUGCUCUUAUUGUCAUGAUGUGUAGGCUAUUUUCCCCAACUUUACUAGCACCCACUUAGAGGAACUUGGAACCAAUUAAUUUUAGCAAUUGUU